UGUAUGGUCUCAGUGAUGUGCUCCACUAUAUCCUCAGGAACGGAUAUGAAGAAUGAUGGAAUUGCUUCUGCAAACAUUUCUGCUUUACAUUGUAUCGAUCUCUCCUGCCCUGACAUUCAUACCUCUGUUACUCUCCUCAAACAGGCUUGCUUAGAUUCAGGAUUUUUCUAUGUUGUCAAUCAUGGUAUUAGCCAGGAGUUUAUGGAUGAGGUUUUCGCUCAAAGCAAAAAGCUCUUUGAUCUUCCUUUGGAAGAGAAGAUGAAGCUUCUUCGAAAUGAAAAACAUCGGGGCUACACUCCUAGUCUAGAUGAACAUUUGGAUCCUGACAAUCAAAUAAAUGGUGACUAUAAGGAGGGAUAUUACAUUGGUGUUGAAAUACCCGAAGAUGAUCCUGAAUCUCAGAGACCAUUUUAUGGGUCAAAUGUGUGGCCUACUGCAGGUACCUUGCCUGGAUGGAAGGAAACUAUGGAGAAGUAUCAUCAAGAGGCACUUGAGGUGACAAAAGCAGUAUCAAGGCUCAUAGCCCUUGCACUUGAUCUUGAUGUUGACUUUUUUGAUCGGCCAGAGUUUCUUGGCAAACCAAUUGCUACUUUGCGUCUACUGCAUUAUGAAGGCAAACUUUCUGAUCCAUCAAAUGGAAUUUUUGGAGCUGGUGCACAUUCUGACUAUGGUCUGAUAACUCUUUUGGCCACAGAUGAUGUCUCUGGCCUUCAGAUAUGCAAGGAUAAGGAUGCAGAGCCUCAGAUUUGGGAGUAUGUGCCACCAUUGAGAGGUGCUUUUGUAGUGAAUCUUGGUGAUAUGCUUGAGCGCUGGAGCAAUGGUAUUUUCAGGUCAACACUGCAUCGGGUCCUUGGAAAUGGUCAAGAAAGAUUUUCUAUUGCAUAUUUUGUGGAGCCAAGUCACGACUGUCUUGUUGAAUGCUUGCCAACCUGCCAAUCAAAAGUCAACCCACUGAGGUAUCCUCCAAUCAAAUGCGAGACCUACUUGCUCCAGCGUUACAAAGACACUCAUGCUGAUAGAAAUUCUUACAAAUGAGAUUCUUGGUAACUGGUAAAAUACAAAUGGCACCGCAACAUUUCUUGCACAUAUUAUAAGGGUGAAUAAUGUUCGAC